AUGGCAUCACCCACUAGAGCAAGUGAUGUAUCCAAACCGGAUAAGAUUAUUGGUGAUAAAGAAUCAAAAGAAACCCAUCAAGUGAGAGCCAACUUUUCAUCGUCUGAUGAUAAUUCUAUUGCCACCAAGACUCAAUCUUCACCAUUAUUAUCGUCUACCCCACCAACUGUCUCAAAAGCUUUAGUGAGAGCUUACCCAUAUUUAUUGAUUGUUAACAAAUUUUUAUCGGUAAUUACUUGGACAAACGAUGAUUACUGGAUUAAUGUAAUAAUCAUCAGUUGUUUUUCUAUGGCAGUGUUGUAUUUUGAGCAAUUGGUUACUUGGUUCGGCCAUUUAAUAGUUGUUGGAUUUAUAACUUUAUAUGCAUUAUUGAAUAACAAGAUAUUGGAAGAAGCCAGUUUGAAUCCCACCCUUGAUGAGGUCGUUCAAGCAUUAACCAACACUUGCCUUAAAGCUGAUAGAUUGUUGGACCCAAUCAUCUCAUUGUCUUUAACUGGAUACGACAUUAAAAGAUUAUUAUUCACUACAGUAUUUUUAACUCCGUUAUACUUGAUUAUUACUUUUUUGAUCGUAAAACCAAGAAUCAUCUUAUUAAUAAUUGGUUUAUAUUUAUUGACUUAUCAUUCAUCGUAUCUGUCAGUGACAAGAAAGAUGAUUUGGAAAAUUAAAUUAACCAGAGUCUUAUUCUUUUAUUUGACUGGUUUAGAUUUCCUGAAACAAAGAAAUCAAUCGUUAUUUGCUGCUGCUUUUGCUAAAGUACAAAAGAAUUCUAGCUACAACUUGAAUCCUUUGAAUAGUGAAAGUAAUAGACCAGUAAGAUUCACUUAUGUCAUUUACGAAAAUCAAAGAAGAUGGUUAGGUAUUGGGUGGACAUCUAAUUUAUUGAGUUAUGAAAGAACCCCUUGGACUGAUGAGUUCUUGAAUGAAUCCUCAGCCAUUGAAUCUUUCCAAUUACCUAAUCCUGAAAAUCAUCAAGAUUAUUCUUUUGGUCAAGAACAACUGUCUCAAUUAUCGAUGAAUAAUGCUAAAUGGAGAUGGGUUGACAAAACCUGGAGAUUGGAUUUAACAAACGAUGGAGCUAUCACUUUGAACCUGUCCAAGAGAUCAAAAACUACUGCGGAUCCAGGUUCUGAUGAAGGUUUCAUUUACUACGAUAAUACUUGGAAGAGGCCUUCAACUGAAGAUUCUUACUCAAAAUAUACAAGAAGAAGAAGAUGGAUCAGGACGGCUGAAUUGGUCUUUGAUAACGAUGAUUCAAAUACCAAUACAUUUGACGAAUCUGUUGAUUCAACUAUGAAUGAUGAUAUCGUUUCCCCUAGAAGAGCAAAAAAAUCCUUGAGAUUCGCUGAACCCGAUCAAAGUUCAGAAUCUGAAGAUUCUAAAGAUUACAAAGUAUCUGAUUCUGAAAUUUUGGAUUCUAUCAAGGAAUCCGAUUCAAAGCCGGCUGAUGAAAAACCUUCGAAAGAAGAGGUCGUGAGCAUCUUAGAUAAAUUGAAUGUUUCACCAGAAGAUAUUUCAAAACAGGUUUUGGAUCCUGUUUUGACAGAUGAAGUUGAAAUUGAGGAUAUCAAAACCACUAAUGCUGUUAGUGACUCCAAUGAACCCAUUGCAACUUCUAAUUCCGUUGAUGAUAAAAAGAAUGAAUAA